UUAUUCUUCUUUCAGAAUUGGCGAAUCCAAUCCUUUCUUUUCUCGGGACGCGCGUAAAUGUCAGAGCGCCCUUUUUCUCUGUAAAAAACCCAAAGCCGACAAACUAAAACACGGAUUUACUUUUGUAUUUAGCCGUGUUCUUUUCUGUUCUGUUCCCAACUAUGUUUUCAGUUCGCCUUCAGAGCUCCAGACGCCGCUGAUUCGCGAUUCUGCAUUUUCUUGUUGCCAUUUCUGUUGUUUUUGCUGUUUGUUCGGUAGUAGUUGGGAAUCAGUUGAGAAAUGGAAGAAGCUGCUUCGGGUUCAUCCUCGUCGGAGUUUCGGAUAGUACGAUGCCCAGAUUGUGGAAAUGUCCUCCCUGAGUUGCCGGACUUCUCUGUCUCCCUGUGUGGCAGUUGCGGCGCCGUUAUCCGAGCGAAAUGGAAAGGGCAUGUGAGGAAGGGUGGAUUUUCAGACAUAUCUGAUGAUGAAAAAGGUAGGGUUGUUACUAGUAAAAGGGGCAUUGCAAUGAGUUCAAACAAUGUUUCUGAAACUGAGUUGGGUAAUUGUUCAACUUCAAGAUCUGAGAAUGGGGAUUUUUUGGCUAGAAGUGGAAAGCGAAAUCCAAUUUCGGUUCGCACUAGGGUUGAGAAGUCUAUAAGGGAUAGGUUAAGCGAUAGAGAUGGAUAUGGCUCUUCCUUAGACGAGCUCGAUCUUGAUGAUGGUAGAUAUGUAGAUUCUAGUGUUGGAAGCAAUCUUGAAGAGAUCCGGGCUCCUCGUGUGGGGCCAUUUGGUUCUAGAAUUGGUAACGAGAAAUGGGUUGGGGAAAAGAAUGCGUCUUUGGGUACUCAUGGCAAUGCCAUGGAUGUUGCGAGGCAGAAGAGGGGUACGAACUUUGCACCUCUGGAGGAGGGGUCUCAAGAAUAUGUCACACGUUCUUCUUAUGGCGCUGGUGACUAUCGGAGAUACCAUGACGGUUUCAAUGGUUUUACUAGAGUUGUGGGUUUGGAGAGCGAUAGAGCUGAGCUACUCAGGAGGAUUGAUGAAUUGAAGGAUCAACUUAGCCAAACUUGCGAUGUAGCUGAGAAUCCUAAAGAAAGGAUUGCCAUUGAACCGAGGAUGGGUUCAACGCCGUUUGACCCUUAUAGAAGCCAUGAUGUUUAUAGGCAAGGCUUGUUUGGUGCAAACAAGCAACCCCGUGAUCAAGGUUGUCAUGUUUUGGGACCUCCCUACAUCUAUGAUGUUGCCGAGGAUGUUCCUUACAAGGGCAGACAUGGUUCAAUUGUUCAAGAUUCUUAUUCUGUAACACGAUACAGACAUGGAAAUAUACAGUAUGACAAUGCCUACUAUGAACAAGUGAACACGAGGGCUUACGAGCCAAAUCCACGCUUUCCACAAAUGUAUCAUAAUGAAUACCCUGAUCCGUUAAUAGAUGUAAAUCCACAUCCACACAAAAGCCCUUUUCAUCGAACUUCGUGCUCGUGUUCACAGUGCUUCAACCAAAACCCGAGAGUUCCUCCUGUGAUCCCACCUCUGGCUUUUGGGAACCAAAGGUCACAUUACCCUGCCAAUCCCGUUUUAUAUCCACCAGAGAUUUCUGGCGCACAUAAUCAACACUGGCAUAGAAGAGAUGCUCAAGAAAAGUUUGAUAUUGGCCAUCAAAGCUCUCCAAGAAAGGCGAUGAUUGCCCAUGGGAGUGGAAGAUUAUGUCGAGCUAUAUCAGGUGGUGCUCCUUUCAUAACAUGUUGCAACUGCUUCGAGCUAUUGAAACUGCCCUGGAAAGUCGGGAUGAUGGGGAAGAACCAGAACAAAAUGAGAUGUGGAGCCUGUUCUUCCGUAAUGUUAUAUGAACUUAGUAGUAAGGGGAUCACUUUAUCAGUUCCCAAACAAAUCGCGAAAUUGUCUGCUGAUCUUGCUGAUGGCUCGGGUGACAUGAACCCGUGUUCUAACUAUGAUGACACUAGCUAUGAGUUUUCUGGUACUAAGGUUGAGCCACUUCCAGCUAACCUGAAAUCAAGCUCUGACGAUGAAUCUGGAAAGAGGCAGGAUGCUCGUUCGUUGUCAUCUAGUUUCUCCGAACCCGAGAAGAACCCAGAGGUAAUGGUUGGAAAAGACCAUUCUCUCUCGGUGGGGUUGCCCUCCAAAGAUGAUGUCUCUUCAGAUGACGGAUAUAUUAUGGUAACUAAAUGGUCCGGUGAGAACGAAGGGCAACAAAAUUCUAUGGAAGAUGCACCCGUGGAAACUGUGAUGGACAUAUCAAUCAAUGAAUCUAUAAAUAGCAGUGUAUCUCAGGAAUUCUUUGCAGGACUUGUAAAGAGUAGAGCUGAAGAAUUAUCAAAGUCUAUUCAGAAUUCGGAAGACAGAAGAUCAGAUGUGUUUGUUAACGGGCAACUUAUACCGGCCUGUGAAGUUAAACGGGCAGAAGAUUUAGCUGGACCAGUUCAGAUAGGUGAUUACUGGUAUGAUGUUCGAGCUGGCUUUUGGGGUGUGAUGGGUCAUCCUUGCUUUGGAAUCAUUCCUCCAAAUAUUCCAGAGUUCGACUUUCCCAUGCCAAAAAAUUGUUCUGCUGGAAAUACUGGUGUCUUCGUGAAUGGGCGUGAGCUUCAUCAGAAAGAUCUAAAUCUUCUUUCUAGCAGAGGUCUUCCAAUCACCAAAAACAAGUCAUAUCGGGUUGAGAUAUCUGGAAAAGUUAUGGAUGAACAAACGGGUGAAGAACUAGAUGGCCUUGGCAAACUUGCCCCAACGGUUGAGAAAGCAAAACAAGGGUUUGGCAUGAAAGUACCGAAAUCCAUUGCAGAGAAAUCGUAUUAUUAGCUGAAGCUGCUCCGAUCCAGUUCCAAUCCUUAAAGUAACACUCCGAUCCGUGUCUUAGAACAUGAUUCAGACACUGCAAAUAUGUGGUUAGUUUGUAACUAUGGACUUGUGUCUAGUUGUUAGACCAUUUUGAUGUUUCAUUUGAGUUGAAUUGUACAGAUAAGUUUGUGAAUGAACUGUGAAACUUAAGACUUAGGAUUAUUAGGAACCUCAAUUGUUCAUCACCGGCUGGUCAGAUGCCUCCAUUGCUUUGUAGUCUGUAGUGAUUUCUGUCUUUCAGAAAGUCGUUUACUUCAAUUAUCUGUUUUUCAUGUUUUCA